CCUCAACCGACGUCCACCUUGUCGUGGGUAGCGGCAUGCACACUGUCCGAAAGGACAUUCAGUAUGGAUCUUUCCGUUCCUUGAUCAAAUCACCGCCGCAGAAGAUUGGCGGCAGCGCAAUGUCCAUGUUGCUCCAGUACAACGACACCGAGACCACCGAAGUAAGCGUCAUGAAUACGGACGCGGCCAACGAAGCCUGGGUCGGUACUUUCGUCAGCGGUGAAUUCCCUAAUCGAAACUUGGGGAUGAAUUACACCGACCUGAGAAACAAUGCGUCUGCAAACCACAACUACACCACGUUGGCCAACUCCGCCACAAAUGGCAGCGUUAAUGCUUGGGAUUACACGGAAUACCGCAUCGACUGGACGAAGAACUACAUCAACUUCUACAUUGGCGGCAAUUGCACAAGGACCGUAUUGCACAAAGACAACAAGGGUAUGCCCUCUGUUCCAGCUCCGUUCUAUUUGAAGCAUUGGUCAACUGGCAACAAAUAUUCCAUGGAGGGGCCUCCCAAAAGGGAAUCUGUUGCCAGCGUGGCGUGGGUGCGCAUGUUCUUCAAUUCUUCCACUAUGAGCGUUGAUCAGCAUACCGACUUCGUUUCUCGCUGUCCCCUUACAGAUGCUUGCUCCAUGGAUGAUAUCACCAUUCGUGGGUCCACUCCUUAUGACGAAGCCGCGACCAAGAAAUGGAAGCAAGCUAGCCACAAGAGCGUUAAAAGAAUGCCCGCACUUUGGAUAUCGGUGAUCUGCAUUGCAUUCUCGUCUCUUUUGCUCCUACACGCCUUCUUGCGCCGCGCCCCUUGGCGGAAACAGUCGGCUUCAGCCGGUCACGGUCAUGGUCAACCGGCAGCCGAGCAAGCUGUGCCCGAAGUGCCUAGCUCGAACGACACCUUAGCAUCCGGCGGUACGACUCCAGCUCGGAAGUCUAGCUUUGACUUCGCCAUUAAACGAGAGGACGAUGAUAUGGCUAUUGAGCAGAUUGGUCCAAGUCGCCAACCGUCGAUCUACAGCGCCUCAUCCAUGUACGGCGGAGGAGAGACAUCACAGACAGGCUCUCUGAAAUGGGACAGUCGAGCAACAACCCCAAGGGCGACGACGCCAUAUUCUGCUUCUUCCAGCCGUUUCAACACCACGAGGGAAAACAUCCCACUCCCAGACAUUCAUCAGAAUCAAGUUGCGGAAUACCAAAAGUCAGCCGGGAUGACGUCGGAGAAGACCUUGGAAGUCCACGAGCCGCCGGCAGAUGGAGCCGAUGGCAAGAUUCCCAUGUCGACCGUGACUGAAUCUGCACUGCCAGCACCACGUAUGGUUGUCCACGCUCCGAGACAGCGCAUUGACUAUCUCGCUGGACUCGUCGCUAUCUGUGCACUCUUAGUCACGGUCAUGCAUUUCGGUCUUUCGUAUGUGCCUGCCAUUGUCAUUCCAGGCGCUCCGCUCCAUCACAAGAGCGAGUACUGGGCUCAGAAGAUUGUUUCUCCCUUUGUUCUCAAUCAAAUGUGGCUUGGUGUGUUCUUUACAACCUCAACCCGUUUCUUGGUCGCCAAGUAUCUCAAGAGCGGAAAUCUAAAGGACAUUGCUCAGAACGCUGUACGACGAACUCCGCGUCUCAUGAUACCCGUAUCAGUCGUCGUGCUCUUCGAGUACUUCGUUAUCGAUUGCGGUGCAACCAAAUUCCUCGAGUAUACGCCAUCUAUCUCUUGGUCCACCUGGCCAUACGUGGCACGCUUUCCUACGUUUGGUCACUACAUCAGUGAGGUCCUCGAGCUUAUCUAUCUCGUCCCGAAUGCUGUUCCUCAAAUCACUUUCAACUAUUGCACGGGGGUUCUUUGGACUAUCGCGGUGCAACUUCAAGGCUCCUGGCUCGUCCUCCUCGGCGUUAUCGUCAUAUACGAGAUGAAGACGCCGUGGAAGCGAUUCUGUUACUAUGCCUUCGUUGUUGUAAACCACUGGUACGCGCAAUCUUGGGGUAGCUACCUCUGGCUUGGUCUCAUGCUUGCGGAUCUCGACGUCACGUACAAGUGGCGUCCUUGGCUCUACGCACGCGCCUAUGCUUACUACCCGCUUCUUCUUCUUUGCUGGAUAUGCGUCGCUUUGGGCUUCUCCGCCAACGUCAUUCCCAACUGGACCGACUACAACUUCGCCACCUAUGAAAAUAACAUACACCCCGAUGUGAACUCUGGAGAGCCCCUCGCGCGCACUGAGAACGCUGGGUACCCGGUUUACUAUGUACCCCGUCUCAACGGUCUCCUCUUCGCAGUCGGCAUGCAGGCCAUUGUGGAAAUAUCCCCAGCAGUACAGUGGAUCUUGAGCCGGAAAGCCUUCCUUCUCGUCUUUCCCCACAUCUUCACCAUCUACCUCCUUCACGGUCUCGUGUUUUGGAGCUGGGGCUCCUGGCUGAUGGUCUUGCUCGCAUCACGUGGCUUCACCUACAGCAUCAAUGUCGCUGUUGUCGGCAUCUCCAGCUAUGCCAUUCUAUUUCUUUCUCUGCCCAUUGUCACUCCCAUAAUCGAGGCCUUGGGCAAAGAUAUCACCCAUCAGGUGUGGCUAAGCGCCAGCGAGAAGAACCCGCCCCGACGGAGAACCUUGUUCCCCUUCCCAGACGAUCUUCUAUCGAAGCGGGAGAGCGAGGAUAUGAUUGAGGAGGGCAAGAGCGUGGUGUGGAGCGGCCCAGAAAGUGGCCCACAGAGUGGAAGCAGCAGCAUAUACAACAGCGUGUAUAAGGGAGAGGAUAAGGCGACAAGUCGGUUUUCGCUGUGAGCGGAUGGAAAUCGAUGGCACAACAAGCUCCUUGGUGGAUGGAGUCUUGCCUUAAUGAGGCGUCACUGGUAAAUAUGGUAUUCUGUAGAAGCCACGCUUUCCCAAUUCUUUUCUUUUAAGUCUUGAUGCAAUCAUAGCGGACUUCUGUGUAUAGUGCUCUCGCCCCGCGUGUGUUGGCGCGGCGCUUGGAGAUGGUAAUACUGGGUGUUGUUAGUUUGUUGUUGAAUGUAUCCUCUGGCGUCACAUCCCCCUUGUGCAUUGGUAUACCGUAUAUAGAUCUUCAUGUAGAAUCAGUGCAUACCAAAUAUUGUCUCUUUGACGUACACGUCAUGUUUUUAUUUCCUGGUAUCUUUUUAUGCUGUCUUGAUGGGCUGUCCUGUCUUCCAUAUAAUGUCAAAUCCAUCGUCGCGAUUUGAAGCCUCAAGAUUGUGCAUCAACAUCGCAUCUAAGG